AUGAGCUCGAUCUUCAACGCCCACCGCAAUAUCAUGCAAGCCAAGGGACCGCAAAAAGCCGUCGUCUUUGGGUUUCCUUACAUCGACACCCUGAAGAUCACAGAGAAGUUUGGACCAGGUUCGAUAUUCUAUGGUUUUGGGUCAUCAGAAGAGCUCGAUGAUCUCGAAAAGAGAUUAGAGGGCGGCGAGCGAUUCAUGGCACUAUUCACAGAGUUCCCCUCAAACCCACUUCUCCGGACACCAGAUCUCGAGCGCAUACGUAACCUCGCCGACAAGUACGACUUCUGCGUAGUUGUAGACGAGAGUGUCGGCAACUUCAUUAACGUCAACGUCCUACCAUACGCGGACAUAGUCGUCAGCAGCUUAACGAAAGUCUUCAGCGGCGACAGCAACGUCAUGGGUGGAGGUCUCAUCCUCAACCCCAAAACUCAAAACUACGCCAAACUCAAAAGAAUCUGGAACGAGGACUACGUCGACAACCACUGGGCCGAAGACAGCAUCUUCCUCGAGCGCAACAGCCGUGACUUUGUCUCCCGCAUCGAGCGCAUCGGCAUCAACGCAGAAGCCAUCUGCGACGUCCUAAGCGCCCAUCCACGCGUCAAACAAGUAAACUACCCCAAAAUCUCCCCCACCCGCGCCAACUACGAAAAAUGCCGCAACCCGCGCGGCAACUACGGCGGCCUGCUGUCCGCCACUUUCCACACCCGCGCCGACGCCGUCGCUUUCUUCGAUGCGCUGGAUACCGUCAAGGGCCCUUCUUUGGGUACGAAUUUCACGCUGAGUAGUCCGUAUGUUAUUCUUGCGCAUUAUGGGGAGUUGGAGUGGUGUGCUAAGUGGGGCGUGGAGGCGGAUUUGAUCAGGUUUAGUGUAGGGCUAGAAGAGACGGGGAAGUUGGUGGAGGUUUUUGGGAGGGCGUUGGAGGCGAUUGGGGGGUAG